AAAAUAAAAGAAAGAAAGAAAGAAGAGUCCGCAGUCGAAGCCCUAAGUUCUAACGUGCUGUGUCAGGUGCAUCUCUUUUUCUCUUCUGCCAUUGCCGAAUUCUUCAAGCUCCAAUUCUCAUUCUCAAUCUCCACCAUUUCUGUUGCUUUCUUCUCCUGCAGUUGCAGAAGGAAAAAUGGCUAUGAGCCAAAUUAGAUUGUUUAGAAGAAGCCUUCUGAAUACCAAAGAUCUGAUAAAACUGACAAAUGUGCGAACAUUUGCUGCUGGGGGCAAAAAGAAGGGUUCUAAAGGGGGUGCGGCUACUGAUGCUCCUAAAGCAUCAAUUCUAAGUAAAGAGGUCAAAUCUACCACUGUAGUUGGUGCCAAUAUUCUUAAGGAAGGUGCAGAUCCAAAAGUCAUGGCAGACUCAGAGUACCCUGAUUGGCUGUGGCGUUUGAUCGAUAAGCGUCCAGCUCUUAGUGAAUUACGAAGGAAGGAUGCCAAAACGCUUCCCUACGAGGAUCUCAAGCGCUUUGUUAAGUUGGAUACUCGAGCAAGGAUUAAGGAAAACAACUCUAGUAAGGCGAAGAAUUGAUAAAAUAUCAGUUAAGAGUCGAGUCAAUCUCCUUGUGGAAGGAAGAACAAGUAAAAGCUUACACAACAAGGGCAACGCAUUUUAGAUCUGUAAGCUAUCAUCUUAUUGUCAAAAAGUACUAAACUUCAGAUUCACUACUCAUUUUUUAGUUGAAUGAAAACAAGAAAGAAUAUGGUUUUUUUUUUUUUUUCAUAAUCAAAACCCUUUGAAUUGUCAAAAUUUUGAAUAUGAAUAGAACACUCUAUGCCCACUAGAUUCUUUUUAUCUU